AUGGCUCUCCUGUUUUCUUCUAAAAACCCAUCAUUUCUCAUUCUCUUCUUUUUAUCAUCUCUUCUCUUUCUCACUACCCAACAAUGCAACCAUCACCACUUCUCUGCUUUGCUCGACUUAAAGAAUGGCUUUUACUUCACUGAUAUUUACGGCCUCUCUACUCUCCCCUCUUGGAAUUCAAACAAUACCGAUUGCUGCUCUUGGGAACGCAUCACGUGCGAUGGACCCACUGGUCACGUGAUCAGCCUCGAUCUCAGUGAGCUCCGUAUCAUUGGUCGGAUUGAUUUUGAAAGUCUCUUUCAUCUUCGGAGCCUGCAGAGGCUCAACCUCGCUUACAAUGAUUUUGAUGGCUCUCCAAUCCCAUCUGGGUUUGACCAGCUCACCAGUUUGACCCAUCUCAACCUCUCUCGGUUGUCCUUUUAUGGCCAAAUCCCACUGGAAAUCUCCCGCUUGACCACUUUGGUUUCUCUCGAUCUUUCUGACAAUUCAUAUUGGAAUGGUUCAUCCUUUGAAAACCUGAAACUCGAAAACCCAAGCAUUGGAGCAGUCGUCCAAAACCUGUCCAAUCUGAGUGAACUCUAUCUGGACAGGGUACACAUCUUACUGCAGGGCCAGACCUUAGAUUUGCCACUCCCUAAUCUCCGCAAGUUGAGCUUAAUAAAUUGUGGUCUUUCAGGCUCCAUCUUUUAUUCCCUUUCACAGCUCCAUUUCUUAUCUGAACUCGACCUCAGCGGAAACAGUCUAUCCUCUGCAGUGCUCACCUUCCCGGGGAGUCUCCACAAGUUGAUCUUACGAGGUUGUGUCCUUUCAGGCUCCAUCUUAUCUUCCCUUUCACAGCUCCAUUUCUUAUCUGAACUCGACCUCAGCGGAAACAAUCUAUCCUCUGCAGUGCUCACCUUCCCGGGGAGUCUCCACAAGUUGAUCUUACGAGAUUGUGGAUUGCAUGGAAAAUUCCCUGAGAGUGUUUUCCAGCUGCCAAAUCUACAAAUCAUCGAGAUAUCAGGCAAUCCACUUGUAGCUAUCAAUUUGCCGGAGUUCCCUCAAAACAAUACUCUACAGCAAUUGAUCCUUUCAGACACUAGAUUUUCAGGAAAGUUACCAGCUGAUUCUCUCAGUAAUCUCAAAUUCUUGACUGAAUUAGACCUCAGCAAUUGCAACUUGUCAGGAUCAUUACCAUCCUCACUUUUGAACCUUACCAAACUGCAAUAUCUGUAUCUUUCAUCCAAUAAAUUGAGCGGCCCAAUUCCUUCUCCAUAUGGAAACGAGCUUCUGAAUCUCAAAGUGAUCAGCUUAGAGAAUAAUUUGCUUAAUGGGACCAUUCCAUCAUCAUUGCUUUCACUCCCAUCAUUACAAAUGUUGGUUCUCGGAGGUAACCAACUUAGCGGUCAACUUGGGGAGUUUCACAAUGCCUCUUCUUCACAGCUGGAGUACAUCCUUUUGGGUAACAAUAAUUUCAGUGGUGAUGUGGAGCUAGGCUUAUUUCAAAACCUCAAAAAGCUUUACCGUCUGGAUCUUUCAGAUAACAACUUGUCAGUCCAAUAUGGCAGUGGUAAUUCCACAUUUGUUUCCAUCCCCCAGUUUGAAGCUUUGUUGUUACGUUCUUGCAACAUCAGCACAUUUCCAAAUUUCUUGAGAAAUCAAGAGCAGUUGAGGGAAUUGGACCUUUCCUACAAUAAAAUUAGUGGUGAAAUACCCAAAUGGAUAUGGGAGGGAAAUGCUUUCAAUGGCACCUUACUUCAGAUAUUUAAAGAGGGAUGCAACAUACGAACGCUUGAUCUCAGUGAGAAUCAAUUAGAGGGCCAAGUGCCAAGGUCUUUCGCUAAUUGCAAAAUGUUGGAGGUAUUAAACCUUGGAAACAAUCAGAUACAUGACACCUUCCCUUUAUGGUUGGGAGCUUUGUCCCAGUUGCGUGUUCUCGUCUUGAGAUCCAACCAAUUUCAUGGCACCGUUGGGCAUCCUCUAACAAAUCACCAUUUCCCACUGUUACAAAUUUUCGACCUCUCAUUCAACAGCUUUGAGGGUAAUUUGCCAUCUAAUAUGUUCAAGAGCUGGAAGGCGAUGAUGGAUGAUGACAAAUCCCAAUCUUUGGUCCUUGGCAAAAUGAUAAGCAAUUCCAUAUACUAUCAAAACAAAGUAUCUGUAGUCAGCAAAGGGCUACUGAUGGAAGUGGUAAAGAUCCUUACUGCGUUCACUGUAGUGGAUCUCUCAAAGAACAAAUUUCAGGGGAAUAUCCCUAAAUCAAUUGGGGAUCUAAAGUCACUCCAUGUGCUCAAUAUGUCCAAGAAUUAUUUAAUAGGUGGAAUUCCAACAUCACUUCAAAACCUAGGGGAUCUGGAGUCAUUAGAUCUUUCACAUAAUAAAUUGUCAGGGGAGAUCCCUUGGCAGUUAACAGACCUAACAUUCCUUGCAGUGUUGAAUCUCUCACAGAAUUUCCUCGUGGGAAAAAUACCACAAAGUCGGCAAUUUCUUACAUUUAACAAUGAAUCAUUCAAAGAGAACUUAGGAUUGUGUGGACCUCCAUUAUCAAAGAAAUGCGAAGAUGCAAAGAGUGAACCAUCGCCAACUCUGUCAACAUUGCAAUCUGAAAGGAAAUAUGAUUGGGAAUUAAUAUGGUUAGGAUUUGGAGUUGGAUAUGGAGUAGGUGUAGGGAUGCUUUUCUGGACUCUAGCACUUUGGAGGAAGGGAAGAAGAGAAUUAUAUAUAUUUGUUGAUGGAAUGCUUUCAUUGAUUUUUCCUUCCAUGGUGUUUUCUAAAUAG